GUUUGUAGGAGACGGGGAAAGAAGAGACAUGGGUCACAGUUAUCACAAAGAAAGGAAAAUGCAACUCCCUCCCAUCUCCUCCAAACACACCAGACCUAGCUCGACAUCACCCUGAUCUCUGCGUCACAACACUAACUACCGUCACACCACUUCGGAUCCAUCUGGGAAUCCUCCAUUCCCUCGCCCUGCCCUAGGAAGAGCCAGCGGUUCAUGUCUCUGCUUGCCCAAGAGGUGAACACGCGCCAGCAGCUCAGCCCUGGCACGUCCGCUCACAUCAACGCAUGGCGAUGCAAAAAGUACUUAUUAUAAAACGUGAAAUAUUUUUGAUUUAAAUAAAGUUUCAUCUAAGUAAUUGGGGUUUUUUUUAAGUUAAACAGAAUGCUUCAAAGUAAUACUAUUUUUUAAGAAGUUGUACAGUUUUUCCGAACACUGUUCAUUCUUUGGAGAUCAUAAUAUCUUGUGCUGAACAGAUGCGUAUUCUCUAAUCGCCGUUUGCAGCCUUUCCCUAUCUCAAAUGCAAGGUCAGACAGGACUGGAGCCAGCUCCACAUUAGCAAGAGAUUUGACUGCUGCAAAAUUCAUAACAUAAAAAUUAGACCUUGGAAAGUAACAGAUGCUGCUUAAGAUUUCUGGGUAAGUUUACCCAUGUAAGUGGGAAAUAUAUUCUGUCCUCAGCUCUUGUCUCUCAGACUGUCUCAUAUCAAUCUGCAUGUGAUUGAUAUGAGGUCACUCCCUCAUGUUGCCUAUGCGUGGUGCUACCUUUCUAAAACUCCAAAACGAGUCUUAGAGACUUUACUUUCCAGCACGUUGGAUAGCAGGGAGUUCGGAGCCGAGCAGCUCCUGGCCCUGGAUGCUCCCACACAUGUUCCCCUCCCAACCCAUGCUACGGGACAGACCCAGGCCGAGCCACUGCGAAUCCGCACGGCUUCAGCCCCCGCCAGGCACCAAACCGGACACCAACAACGGCCGCCCCGACAGCUGGAGGCUUUUGAAAAAAGGGGAAAAAACAAACCCAUGUGGCUAAAGCGAAUGACACGGAGAACUCGUUUACAUAAAUGCAAAUCAGGCCGGUAAGUGGAACCGUUUUUCGGUCACUGCCCAGACGGAGCAGCUCCGCUCAUUUCCCUCACCGAACGCCCGUUCUGAGGCGCCCCGGGGCUCGGCGCCCCCUCCUCCUGCCGGGGAGUGGCGGCGGGCAGGGCCGUCCCGCCCACCGGCUGGCGGGAACCUUAAAGCGCGCCGGGGCGGCACCGCCUGCUAUUGCCAUGUCCACCCCGGCCAAGCGGCGCUGCCGCGGCCCCGCCGGCUCCCUCGACUCCAGCUUCCAGAAGCGCCUUAAAAAGAUCUCCAUCGAAGGCAACAUCGCCGCAGGGAAGUCAACGUUUGUGCGGCUGCUGGAGAAACACAGCGAUGAGUGGGAGAUCAUCCCCGAACCCAUCGCCAAGUGGUGCAACAUCCAGACGGCGGACGAUGAAUACGAGGAACUUUCAACAUCUCAGAAGAGUGGAGGAAAUCUACUUCAAAUGCUGUAUGACAAGCCCACAAGAUGGGCUUACACAUUUCAGACCUACGCUUGCUUGAGCAGAGUAAGAGCACAAUUAAAACCAGUCUCAGCCAAGCUCAGUGAAGCAGAGCACCCUGUGCAGUUUUUUGAGAGAUCUGUGUACAGCGACAGAUACGUGUUUGCUUCUAACCUCUUCGAGUCUGGCAAUAUCAACGAAACAGAGUGGGCUAUUUAUCAGGACUGGCACACAUGGCUGUUGAAUCAGUUCGAAUCAGAUAUAGAACUGGAUGGCAUGAUCUACCUAAGAACCACACCUCAGAAAUGCAUGGAAAGGCUACAGAUGAGGGGAAGAGAAGAGGAACAAGGAAUUGAGCUCGAGUAUUUGGAAAACCUCCACUAUAAACAUGAAACAUGGCUCCACGAAAGGACUAUGAGAGUUGAUUUUGAAAACCUUAAGGAGAUUCCCAUUCUAGUUUUGGAUGUUAAUGAAGAUUUUAAGAAUGAUCAGAUCAAACAGGAGUACCUGAUUGAUAAGGUAAGUAUUAAAUGUUUCCUUGUCUGCUUUUCUUAGGCACUAACAGCUGUAUCAAUUUACAUUCUUAAUUUGUGAUAAGUACUCAUUCAGGGCUACUACAGUAGUCUGCUUUACAGACUACUCUGAACACAGAAAAGGCUCCUUGCUUUCCUUCAAAAAAAAAAAGUCAUUUAACCCCACUUCCUUACCCUCACAAUUCGAGAGAUAAAUGGGUGUUAUUAAAGAGGGACAACUGUUGGGGAUGCAAGUGCACAGUAGCUGGAGUAGUCAGGCUCCUCUCUGCCAGGUCUGCACUGCCAUACUGUUCAUUAAAUAGUUCACAGCAUGAUACAUACUAUGCAGCUUGUGUCAGCCAUGAGGUCCUUAGAAAAAUCUGGCAGUCCACUCAGAGCUAUCCAUGCCCCCUUGCACUCUAGGGAUCCAGGCUCUUCUGGGCAGAGAGCAACACGUCAGACAGAUAACUGAACCUUGCACAUCAUUCUAAAGGCACGAAGUGACACUUGUAGUCACUUGGGUCAAAAUGGUGUUUGUCAAUUCCAAGGAAAGACAAGACUUGGGAAGCACCCAAACAAUCCUUCUGCUGUAGCAAUGUCUGCACACUCAGUUCACAGAAAAAAAACCCAAAACACAAUAACCUAAUACUUAAAGGCACAGAGCUUAUCCUCUGCCCUGUAGGGCCGUAACACUUAUUUCCCUUACUAGGACACUUCAGCCUUCCCCACUGCCCCAACAAGACUGUUCUUGUAAGAUGGUAAGGGACACCCACCUCUCAAGCCACGAAAACCAAUUUCUCCAUCUUGUUCUGCAUCAGUUUGCUAUUACUAAACAACUUCAAGCCAAACCAAAUUCUCCCAAUUGAACAGCUCUAAAGUGGGGAAGGGAGCAGUGUUCAGUUGUGGAGGUAUUUGCUGUUAAGCAAAUUAUGAACCAGACUACACUCAUACACGCUAUCUUUCUUAUAACUUGCCCCACUCAAAGGCCCCCAGCGCUUCCUUCACCACACCAGCACAGAAAAGGCAGGGCGUACAGCACCAUAUCAGAAGUGCUGCCAGAUCUUUGGCUUAGUUUAGACAAUUCCUCUCUUCCUAGGAGAGUUACCCAAUGAAGUAAAGCUCAUUUUAAAGCACUCCAAAACCUACUUUUCAUAAGUGCUUGAUACUUGAGUAAUAAAAGUUACUCAGUUCUAUCUAGUAUUAGCUUACAAUUGCUGGGGUGACGGCCGUCAGCUGUACUGAAAAGCAUUUCAAGACUUGAUUUAUAUGUAAAGGCAGAACAGCACCGGAGACCGUACAUAACAAACCAUUUGUUCCCCCCAAAAAAGAAGAAAACCUAUUGAAUUAGCUUUUCUUUUAAUACAUUAAACAAAUAUUAUUUUUUUUUCCACAGGUUAAGUCUUUCCUGACUUCUUAAGAACAGGAGAACGUCCCUGAAGUUCAAGAGUUAAACCUAAUCACUCGCUGUGUUAUUAGACGAUGUACUUUAGCUGAAUACAUUACCUCUAUAGUUUAUUUUAAAGCACGAUUGAAGUGCAAAACAUGGUUUGGAGUUUUUUCCGCUUGUUUAACCUGUGCGUUUUGGUAGAAUUUUCUGCGUAGUUUAAGGAAACAACUAGAAGGUGCUUCGAUAAUGUAUUUUAUGUACGUUCUCCGCUAUUCAAUAAAGAUUUUAAAGUAAUAUUGGCCAUUAAACGUCUUUAGUAGCAGCGGGGUAAGCCGUUAUCAGCGGCGGAGAGCCGGCGCUGCGGCAGAGCUGCUGCGGCCCUGGCACCAGUCACCAUUUUAAGCCGAGCCCGUUAUGGCGCCCGGCACCCCUCGCUCUCAACUUCUCCUUUACCGCUCGCACCACGUUUACGCUACUCAGAGGGGGGCGGGCGUUACCGCGGCCGCGAGGUUCCACUUGCGCUUUCACCGGGAGGCCCUGGAACGGCCCCGCCACGCCGCCGCGGGGGGAGGGGGUGGCGCACGCGGCCGGGCCCGGGGCCGCCGAGGCCCAGAUCGGGCGGGACCCACCGCCCCUCC